UUUCCUUUUUGGGGUUUGCAGGGUCGACACCACACCAAGAUUCACCUCACCGCUGAACGAACAGUCACCACAUUCUCUCUCUCUCUAACUCCUCCAUCGCUGCCACUGCUCAUUUUCGAUCACAUUCAGAUCCAAUCCUCCGCGAUUCAGAUCACUCACUCUGUGUAUGCAUGUGCAAAUUCUUCGUCUCGUGUUGUUGUUGAUGCGCGUCUAUGGUAUUUAGAUCUUGACGGAGAAAAUGGAAUCACAGCCUUCCCUGUCGUCGGGAAGGUUCGAAGCUCAAGAGAGUUUCAACACUAAGGUUUCGCGAUCCAACUCCGAAUCCAACAGCCAUAGCCAGAGCUUAGCUUCCAUUCUCAAUAAUCCGCAUGCUGGAAAAUCUGACACCUGGUGGUGGUCCGCCUCGGCGUCUGUCCCCGUCCCCGAAUUCGCCGCUCUUCCGCCUCCGCCCAAGCCCGGAUCUGAUCUCGUCCGACCCGAUUUCGUCACAUACUUGUCCUCUAUCUCCGAACCGUAUGCCCGUUUCCAUGACAUCCAACAGCACACUAAGUUUGAGUCCCUUGAAGGCCAGAACGGGGAGAAUGCGCUCGUCGCGUGCCUCCGGGAAGUGCCCGCGCUCUACUUCAAGGAGGAUUUUCAAUUGGAAGAGGGUGCCACGUUCAAGGCUGCGUGCCCCUUCCGAACCACGACCGAGAAUUUGGUGCUGCAAGAGAAGCUCUCGCAGUAUUUGGAUGUAGUGGAACUACACUUGGUGCGGGAGAUUUCCUUGCGCUCAAGCUCCUUUUUCGAGGCUCAGGGUCAACUGGAGGACCUCAAUGGUAAGAUCGUUGAAGGGUGUAAUAGAAUACGAGAACUGAAGGAGUCCAUAAGGUUGCUGGAUGCAAAUUUGGUGGGGUCUGCUAGAAAGGUCCACGACUUGAAUGAGCAGAGGGGGGAUUUGAUUGCUUUGCAGAACAAGUUGAGGCUGAUUCUAUAUGUUAAUCAAGCUCUUUCAACUCUUAAGUUGCUUGUUGCGUCUGCCGAUUGUGCUGGAGCUUUAGAUGUAACAGAUGAUUUGCAGCAUUUAUUGGAUGAGGAUGAAUUAGCUGGUCUACACUGCUUCCGUCACCUUCGUGAUCAAUUGGCUGCUUCGAUUGAGUCCAUUAAUAGCAUUCUUUCAGCAGAAUUUAUGCGGACUUCUAUACACGACACUGGAGAUACAGAUGCAUCAAUAACAUCAAAAUUUAAAGCUCGAGCAACUAUAGCUAUGAAUGGAGAAGGAAAUGAAGUUAGAUUGGAUGAAGAAGAAAGUUCCAAUUUUCGAGAUCUACUCCUUCCUCUUGUUAUUGGAUUGCUUAGAACUGCAAAGCUCCCUGCUGUGUUGAGGAUGUACCGCGAUACUCUCACAGCUGAUAUGAAAACUGCUAUUAAGAUAUCAGUUGAAGAGCUGCUUCCAGUUCUUGGUGCCCAACCUCUGGAUUCUGAUUUUGUCACGGGAGAGCGAGCAGUGGAUGCAGAUGGUGGAGGCUCAUCGCUUGCAAGCAGGCUGAGAAGCCUGUCUCCUGAAAGUUUUGUUCAACUUUUGAAAGCUGUUUUCAUGAUAGUGCAGGCCCACUUGGCACGGGCUUCUGAAGUUAAAAAAGCAAUUGAGUGGAUUAUAUGCCAUGUUGAUGGCCAUUAUGCUGCUGAUUCAGUGGCUGCUGCAAUUGCACUUGGGGCAGCUGCUGCAGAAACAGCUCAUGAAACAGAUAGUCAAGUUAGUUCCUUUCUACCAUAUUCUACUCAAAGAAGCAGUAACAAAGUUUCUUCAACCCAAGGAAAAGGUAGUGAGGCGUCAACAGCAUCAAAUUUGUCAAGAAAUUUCAGAGCUGAUAUUUUGAGAGAGAAUACAGAAGCUGUUUUUGCUGCUUGUGAUGCUGCUCAUGGUAGAUGGGCAAAGAUUCUUGGAGUCCGUUCUCCAAUUCAUCCAAAACUAAGAUUGCAGGAGUUUCUAAACAUAUAUAACAUAACCCAGGAAUUCAUAACUGCAACUGAGAGGAUAGGUGGAAGGUUGGGGUAUAGCAUUCGAGGAACACUACAGUCACAGGCCAAAGGUUUUGUAGAAUUUCAACACGAGUCUCGAAUGGCAAAGAUGAGGGCAAUACUUGACCAGGAAAAUUGGGCCGAGAUUGAUGUGCCUGAUGAGUUUCAGACCAUUGUCACAUCAUUCUUUUGUGAAGAAACUUUGGUUACAAGUGAGACUGCUACAAGUAAUGGUCCUGUAGCCCCAGGCAGUGAAGGUUCCCCUGUGGAUGCAGGACUCUCAAAUUCAUCACAAAAUAUGGAGCAGCAUGAUUCUGUUGCAGUGCAUCUGGAUAGUGCAGCACAAGGAAAUUCCUCAGGUUUAAGGAGAACUGAGAGUGGUAAUGUAGAUCCUGAAAGUAAUUCAGCACACACUGUCGAAUCGAACUCAAAGGAACGUGGAAAAGCUUCACCUAGAAUGCUUUAUUUCAAUGGAACAGGAUAUCACAUGGUUAACUGUGGCUUGAUUCUGGUGAAGAUGCUGUCAGAGUAUAUUGAUAUGAAUAAUAGUUUGUCUGGACUUUCUUCAGAAGUUGUCCAUCGUGUUGUUGAGAUCUUGAAAUUUUUCAACACAAGGACUUGUCAACUUGUCCUUGGUGCUGGAGCUAUGCAGGUGUCAGGUUUAAAGUCUAUUACUUCUAAGCACCUGGCUUUGGCAAGUCAAGUAAUCAGUUUCACAUAUGCUAUUAUACCUGAAAUCAAGAGGGUUCUAUUCCUUAAAGUACCUGAAACACGCAAAGGACUGUUGAUGUUAGAGAUUGAUCGUGUAGCACAGGACUUCAAGGUCCACAGAGAUGAGAUACAUUCAAAGCUUGUACAGAUUAUGAGGGAACGAUUGCUAAUCCACCUACGCAGUUUGCCACAAAUGGUUGAGAACUGGAGUAGGCAAGAAGAUACUGAUUCACAGCCGAGUCAGUUUGUUCGUUCUAUUACAAAGGAAGUCGGUCUUCUUCAACGUGUGUUAUCUCGAACUCUGCAUGAAGUAGAUGUUCAAACUAUUUUCAGGCAAGUGGUGCAAAUCUUUCACACCCAAAUUUCAGAAGCACUGUCACGCGUUGAUAUCAGUACUCCUCAAGUGAAGAACCGAAUGCAUCGUGAUGUUCAACAUAUUCUCGGGUGUAUCAGAUCAUUGCCAUCUGAUGAAUUGAGUAAAUCAAAUCCACCUAAUUGGGGGAAGCUUGAUGAAUUUGUGGAGCAAAAUUUUGGUGCAGAAGCCAGUUAAUAGGUUCCUUGUAGAUAGUUAUUUGAUAAAUUGGAUGCAGACUUCAGUGGUGUUUUAGGAGCAAAUGAGCUACCAAGGAUUUCCUGAAGCCCAUGCAUCAAUGCUACACUAAUGAUGAGAUGUGCAGUCUACUGAAUGGAUAUAGUACUACUGUAACAAAUUCAAAUUUUUGAAGUGAGAAAGAUUCAAUAGCAACAGUUUGUAGUUUUCAUGUACACAAUUUGAAAUGAGCCAUAUGUUUUUUUUCUGAGAUUGUAUUAUUUCGGCUUCUUGGACUUCUGCCCUCUUCUCAAAUUCCUUAUUAAUAUAUAUAACUUAGGGCACCAUAUGUUCUCCCAGAAGGCUGAAUAAUUGCCAACAUAUCUUGUAAUUUACACUGGUGAAUCUGUGAAUGUAUGCAUCAUUUUCCCUCUUCUUCCA